GUGCAAAAAAGUACAGUCAAACGUAUCUCACAACACAGUUUAAACACGGUAGCAACCGGCUAUCAGCAUUUACCUGUUCAGCAUGAAGAUAGGUAUUCACCCACUGACAGCAGAUCCAACGGCAGCCUGGUGCGAGUUAUCUCAACAUCAAAAAGUUGUUAAAAUAAAUACUAAAUUGCCGACGACAGAAGCGCCGAGCGAUAAAUUGCGUGUAGUAUGUAUGAGCGACACGCACUCACUCACACCGUACAUAAACUUUGACAUACCUACCGGUGACGUUUUCAUCCACGCCGGAGAUUUCACGAAAUGUGGUAGUCUGCAGGAAGUUAUAGAAUUUAAUAAUUGGAUAGGUAAUUUACCACACAAACACAAGAUAGUUAUAGCUGGAAAUCAUGAGCUUAGUUUUGAUCCAACGUUCACACAUCCCUUUUCUGUGCAUACCAGUGGAGAUCAUCAGAAACAUACAGGAACUAGCAUACUUGACAAUAUACCUACUCUGGGUAUGUCAAAAGACACCCUUGCUGAAGCUAUUAAAACCACUAAUGUUAAAGAUUAUUUGACAAAUUGUACAUACUUGGAAGACUCUGAGAUUACAUUGCAUGGAAUCAAGAUAUAUGGCACUCCAUGGCAACCAGAGUUUUGUAAGUGGGCAUUUAAUGUGCCACGUGGAGAAGCUUGUCUCUCGAAAUGGGAAAUGAUACCGUCAGACACAGAUAUUCUGGUAACACACACCCCUCCUGUAGGUCACGGAGAUCUGUGUUGUAGCGGAGUACGUGCUGGAUGCGUUGAACUAUUGUCGACGGUACAAAAUCGAGUGAAACCUAAAUAUCAUGUGUUCGGACAUAUACACGAAGGAUAUGGUAUAUCUUCAGACGGCAAAAUAAUAUAUAUCAAUGCAUCAACAUGUGAUUUAAAUUAUCUGCCAAGUAAUCCACCGAUAGUAUUUGAUAUAAUAUUACCUCCUGGUAUUCAAAAAUCAUAAACUCGUUUAAGGUAAUAUCCGAUACUAUUAAAGUAUAUUUCAUUGCAUAAUGCUAUAUUACGAAAAUAUUUUAGAUUUUUCUUAAGCUACAAGCUAAGAAAACUCUUUCUAUGUGAUCGACAAGUAAUGUGUAGGAGUUUCUUGCCUUAAUUUAAAUCCUACAUGUAAACUAUAUAUAAAGCAUAUACAUAUAGCAUAGAUUUUGAUUUAUAUUUUUCUUUUUCACACAAUUUGUAAUACCUUAAUGAUAUUAAACAAGAUCUGAUGUAAUA